GAUGUACUUGCUGAACGAUGUCCGCCCGAGAGAAAUUAACAUGCCACAUGCCUUCGUCUUCUCUCAAAUGCUUGGCAGGUCCUGUACAAUGCGCAUUGCACAAUGCUUGGCGAUCAGUGUUGUCAUCCUAAUUGCAGCAUUGAAACAGCAAACCAACAACCCAACCAUGAACCUUCCCGAUUCCUGCCUGAUGCUGCAGGCACCAGGCCUGGAGCUUCUCAGUACCGGCGGCAGUUCCAAGAGAUGCUGCCAGUUUCCGCCUUGGAGCAAAAGUCUUCAAUCACCUCCCUGUGUGCCAGUUGCUACGUGUGUGAUGGCAUCUCUUCCAUCGCUGCAAUUGCUCUUCGAGAGCGUGCGCU